GGGCUCACCUUAAAAACAUUUCUCUUUGCUUAUAAAAAAGGCACAGAAACUCAUAAUUCCAAGUUGAGCAAGAACAGCCUAAGUGAUUGUUAGAAAAAUGAAAAUCACCAGUGUUUCUUUUUUGACCAGAAAAACCACUAGGUUUCUGUCGAUUGAUAGUGUCGAAUCCGAAGAACAAUCUUACGAUACUAGUGUUGAUGAUAUCGAGUUUAAUUUUCUUGACGUUGGUGAAACUAUAGCAAAUGCUCGUGGUAUUAAUGAUCAUGAUCAAUGUCAUAAUUCACUUGAAUUGGAUUUGGAUGAUGAUGAUCAUGAAGACAAAGAUGAGACUGAUGUUAACGAGAAAGAUCGAUGCUUUUGGGACACCCAACAUCAAGGCUUGCAGACAAAUGUAUAUAGAACAAGUUCUUUGGAGACAAAGAUAAGGAAUGCCACCAAAGAAGCGAUUAAGGAAAUAGAAAGUUCAGCUGAAAGAGUGUGUGUUUGCAGCACAAAGAUUAGUGGCACUAGUUGCAGAAUCUGCUUAUUGAGGGAGGUUUCUAAGAGGCUUCAAAAAGUUGGGUUCAAUAGUGCUAUUUGCAAAACUAAAUGGAGAAGUUCAUUGGAUAUUCCAUCUGGGGAACACACAUUUUUGGAUGUAAGAGAAAACACAAAUACAAAGAAAGGUGAAGUAAGAGUGAUGAUAGAGGUGAAUUUCAAAGCUGAAUUUGAGAUGGCAAAGGGAAGUGAUGAAUACAAGAAACUAAUCAAGAAGCUACCAGAAAUAUUUGUUGGAAAAGAAGAGAGAUUAAGCAACUUAAUAAAAAUCUUAUGCAUUGCAGCCAAAAAAUGCAUGAAGGAUAAAAAAAUGCAUAUGGGGCCAUGGAGGAAGCAAAAGUACAUGGAAGCUAAAUGGUUAGGUCCAUGUGAAAGGAACACUUCAACAACUUCUAAUUCAAUAGGAUAUGCUGAAAGGAUCAUAACAAAACCAAAAUUCAAAGCAUCAUUGUUGACUGUUGAUUUAUUGGAGAAGCUUCCUACAUUGCAUUGCACAGCUGUUAAGGUUUUGUGAUUGUGAAUAAGAAGAUCAAUUUAAUUAGUUUAAUUUAAUUUUGGUUGACAUUUAAUUAGAUUUUUUGCCUCACCUUUUUGAACUUGUGUUAUGGUAAAUUUCAUUUUACAUUUUCUUUGGUGAAAAAUACUAAAGGAAUGUGUGACUCCCAAUGUCAUGUCACACUCCAUACUUGUAUGUAAAAGUUGCCAAAUAUUUUUUAGAGAUAGAUUAAUGUGGAACGAGCUUAUGUUGAAGUUUA